AUGUUCGCACACCCCGCCCCGCCGCCGCGCAACCCGCACUCGCGGCCCUCCUCCGCCCCGUCGGGCUCCAAGCCCAACCGUAGCGGCGGCUCGACGAAGCGCAGGGGCAUCGGCAGCGAUGCAAACCCCAUCGACAUGGCUUAUUACGACGUCCUCGGCCUCCCGGCCUCGUGCACCACCGAGGAGAUUAAGAAGAGCUACAGACGCCUCGCGAUCAAGCUGCACCCGGACAAGAACCGGGACGACCCGGACGCCGAGGAGAAGCAGAUUGCCGUCGCGUACCAGAUCCUGUCUGACCCCGAGACGCGCAAGAAGUACAACGAGUUCGGGCAGAAGAACGGCGGCGGCGGCGCCGAGGAGAUGGUGGAUCCGGAAGAACAGCAGGCCGAGGACGCGCCCGAGGACUACAUGAUGGGGCCCAAGGGGCAGCCGGUGCUGACGCCCGAGGCGCAGGCGCGGCGCAGUGCGCGCGAGAAGGCUGCCGCAGACGCGAAAGCCGCCGAGCGCACAGCGCGCGUGAACAAGCUCGCAGAGCACCUGACGCGCAAGCUGAGCGUGUUCGCCGAGGCGGCCAAGAGCGCCGAGGACCCCGAUGUCGCCCCGAGCUUCCGCGAGAUAUGUCGGCUCGAGGCCGCCGACCUCGCGCACGAGAGCUACGGCACCGAGCUCCUCCAGGCGAUCGGAGGCGUGUACAAGCAGCGCGCGACGCAGUACACUGCCUCGGCAGCCUUCGCGCCGCUGGGCUGGUUCCACGGCGCGAAGAACACCUUUGCGACCGUCUCCGAUACGGUGAGCACGCUGCGUUCAGCACUCGAGCUCAAGAGCGUGUUCGAGCGCCUGCAGGCGGCAGAGCAGGCGGGCAUGCCGCCCGACGAGCUGCGCAAGCUCGAGGAGCAGGCGACGGAGCAAGGGCUCCGCACGCUGUGGAAGGGCGCAAAGCUCGAGGUCGAGAGCGUCGUGCGCGAGGUGUGCGACAAGGUGCUCGCUGAUCCCGCAACGACGAGCGAGAAGAGGCAGCUCCGCGCCGCCGCGCUCGGACUCAUGGGCGACGCGUUCCUCAGCGCGAGCAAGCAGGAGCCCGGCCCCUCUGCCGACGACUUUGUCCGUAUCGAGACGCCGCAGAGCAAGGCGCGCGAGAAGGAGAAGGCUAGCCGCCCAGGCGUCCCGCCCCGUCCCGGCGCGCCGCCGCCCCCGGUUCCCGAGAAGCCCGAGGGGUUCAUGUAA